AUGGAUUCUGAUGAAGAUUUUACAACUUCGAUUAAUACUUUUAAUACUAUUAUAGACUUUGAUAAUAUUGUAACUUCAUCAAGUGCUAUGGGUAUGCAGGAUGAUUUAGAAGAUAAUGAAUUUAUAACUCCACUUAAUAAUUUUGGUACUCAUUGGACAGGUUUUUUACAUUCAAAGCAAGUUAAAAAUACCAAAUCACAUCGAUAUAAUGCCAAGUCUAAUGAUAAAAUACUUUAUAUACAAAAAAUUAAUAAAAAAAAUUCUGAAAAUAUAUCCAAGUCUUACUUAGAUGAAGAUAUAGAUAUAUCUUCAAAAAAACGUAAAGCUAUCUUGACAGACUUUUUCAACAAGGCUUCAAUUUCAUUAGAUAAAAUUAAUGAGCUUCAUACUUUAUUAUUACAAUUAUUAAUCUAUA